GCCUGCUCAAAUACGAAAGCCCUGCCUGACAGUCUGAUACUCAAAACAGUCAAAACUCUCAAAGCUAUCAAAACCCCAAAAACCAUGGCGAUCCCAAUACCAACUCGGCAGCUAUUCAUAGACGGUGAAUGGAGAGAACCAGUCCUGAAAAAACGCAUCCCCAUUAUCAACCCCACCACCGAGCAAAUCAUCGGGGAUAUACCAGCUGCUACUGCAGAGGAUGUGGAGCUUGCAGUGGAUGCUGCAAGGAAAGCCCUUGCAAGGAACAAAGGCAGAGAUUGGGCCAAUGCUUCUGGGGCAGUUCGUGCUAAGUACUUGCGUGCUAUUGCAGCUAAGAUAACAGAGAAAAAAUCUGAAAUAGCAAAAUUUGAAGCACUUGAUUGUGGAAAACCAUUGGAUGAAGCAGCAUGGGACAUUGAUGAUGUUGCUGGGUGCUUUGAGUACUAUGCAGACCUUGCUGAAGGUCUGGAUGCAAAGCAAAAGGCUCCUGUUUCUCUUCCUAUGGAGACUUUUAAGAGUCAUGUUCUUAAGGAGCCAAUUGGGGUUGUUGGGUUGAUUACUCCAUGGAACUACCCUAUGUUGAUGGCUACAUGGAAAGUGGCUCCUGCAUUGGCUGCGGGGUGUGCUGCAAUACUGAAGCCGUCUGAAUUGGCGUCUGUGACUUGUUUGGAGCUGGCUCAAGUUUGCAGAGAGGUCGGUCUACCUCCUGGUGUCCUUAACAUUCUGACUGGACUAGGCCAUGAGGCUGGUGCUCCUCUGGCAUCUCAUCCCCAUGUUGACAAGAUUGCAUUUACUGGAAGUACCAUUACUGGGAGUAAGAUUAUGGCAACUGCAGCUCAAGUGGUCAAGCCUGUUACGCUGGAGCUUGGUGGGAAAAGUCCAAUUGUAAUUUUUGAGGAUGUUGACCUUGAUAAGGCUGCUGAAUGGACUGCCUUUGGUUGCUUUUGGACAAAUGGUCAGAUUUGCAGUGCAACAUCCCGCCUCAUUGUGCAUGAAAGCAUUGCUGCAGAAUUUUUGGAUAGGCUUGUAAAAUGGACCAAAAACAUCAAGAUUUCAGAUCCCCUGGAAGAGGGUUGCAGGCUUGGUCCUGUUGUUAGUGGUGGCCAGUAUGAGAAGGUACUGAAGUUCAUUGAUACAGCCAAGAGUGAAGGUGCAAGCAUUUUAUGUGGUGGGGCUCGUCCUGAGCAUCUAAAGAAAGGGUUCUUCAUCCAACCAACAAUCAUAUCUGAUGUAACUACCUCUAUGCAAAUAUGGAGAGAAGAAGUUUUUGGACCUGUUCUGUGUGCUAAAACAUUUAGUACCGAAGAUGAAGCCAUUGAAUUAGCAAAUGACACCCGAUAUGGCUUAGGUGCUGCUGUAAUAUCAAAUGAUCUAGAAAGAUGUGAUCGCGUAAGCAAGGCUCUUCAGGCAGGAAUAGUUUGGAUCAACUGCUCACAGCCUUGCUUUACUCAAGCUCCGUGGGGAGGCAACAAACGUAGUGGUUUUGGACGUGAAUUAGGGGAAUGGGGAAUUGAAAACUACCUGAACGUGAAGCAGGUUACUCAGUACAUUUCUGAUGAGCCUUGGGGGUGGUACCAGUCUCCUUCAAAGCUGUGAGAGUGUCCAUGAAAAUCAAAAUGGAAAAUAACUGACGUACUAAAUUACAAGGAAAUAAGAUGAGAGGGGUAUCAUGUAUUGAAUUUGAUAUGCAAAUGACUGAACAAAUAUUAUAAAAUAUCACGAGCAGUAAACUAUUUAGUUUGGUCUGAAUGAGAAUUGUUUUGGGCUGAUAAAGUUGUAACCAAUUUGAAGCUGACACAUUGCAGCGAGCAUGAAUCAGCAGUCUUGCAUAA